AUGUCGAAAAAAUUCUCAAAUAUGUUUGCUUUGAAAACCAACGGCGAGGUGGCGUCAUGGUUUCUUGAUACCGACGACAGGAGAGUUGCUCAAAUCCGUCUGGACGAGCUUGUACGGCUGCGCGACGAGGAGUACGGCAUCAAGCAGCCUCUAAAUACUCCACAGACCAAGGGAUCCGUCCCCUUUCGACCCAGAGAACUGAGCGAUCUCAAGGGCAACCCAACACAGCUAUUGUUUGCUCGGCUCCAUGAGGAGUGGGAACUGAACGAUGCGUGGUAUAGUUCUACCUUCAUGCACUUGUUCACUACCAUCAAGUACUUCUCACAGAGAUACUUUGGAAUGGACGUGUUCCCCGAGGGUUUCUCUCCUUGGAAAGAAGGGAACUUCUCGCAGAUUUUUCUCGACUUUGUUAACCAGGUGGCCUGCCCGGAUCCCACAGCCAACUGGGACGCUCUUUUAAUGGAGUCAAAACAAAAGAGCAGCCUUGUGUGCGGUGUUUUCACAAAGGCCUUACUGGAUACCGUCUUCACUAGCCUCUUGUUUGGGGCAUCUGACGAGCAGAUGACGCUACUGAAAACUCACGACGAGACAACCCUCGAACUUGAUGGCUACAAGCGCACCGCACGGAGGGGUGCCAUAGUUCGGGACUUUCUUGGAGACGACAUCACGACGCCAAGGUUCUGGACUGACGUUGGUCAACUUUCUACCGAGAUUACUGAGAUCUUCUUGCCGUUGAUCAACUUGCAAGGCCAGGCGGCCCCUCAAAUGGAAUGGCCAGAAUUGACAGAGAUUCAUCAACAAAUCUUCCACAUCGUGUCGAUUGCUGCCUACUUCUCCGUCAUCAUCCGUCGUUCCGAGACUAUCUUUGACUAUUUCAUGGCACCUGUUGGAAGCGAGUGGGCACAUACGCAUGAGGAAGAAAACCCCGGCAUAUAUCACAACUCACGACUUGCCGCGACAGCACAGGAUGACGACGACGAAGCCAGGGCCAAGGUCGAAAAUAGCUUGACCGAGGCACGAGCCCAGCAGUUUGAUGGGCUGCUGUCACUCGUCCGAGAUAUCAUGGGCAGCAACAAGGUUGUCGAAUACCGCCGGCCAAUUCGCACCGCCAAAGUCGGAAUUGCCAUGUUUCCCCGGAUCAAGCGUCACAGGACGCUGUGCGACCCAGAGCAAUGGAACAAGUGGACGGUCGAGCAUGAGUCGUUGGUUUUCAAGGGCCGGGUCACCUACUACUAUGGAAAGGAGCAUGAUCCCCUGGGGUUGGAGCAGAAGCCAUCGCUUGACGAGUACCGGAUGACCAAGUGGGAGAAAUUUUGGGCAAAGCACUACUCUCCGCGCCACUGGCUACUGCUUUCGACACUUGCUCUGCUUUUGCUGCAUCUUUGGCAGCCUUUGGUUUUCAGAAACCUGAAAGCCGCCUUGUAUGCGUUUGCUUUACUAGUGGUUGUCACUGUGAAGAAGGUCUGCGAGGCACCUCUUCGGAUACCAGCCCCUAUUGGACCGCAACCUUCUCCAUCCGGCAUACAGAGCGAAUAUGUUCAGACCUGA